AUGGCGUAUCUAUUGGUGUUGGUGGGAGAAGAGGCUCAGAUUCCAGCGGUGGAGGCAGCAAGUACCACCACAGCCGGUGUUGGAGGAAAAAGGAAGAACGGUGGAGAAAGUAACACCGGUGUUGGUGGAAAAAUGAAGAUCGGCAGUGGUGGUGGUGGAGGUAGUGACAGAAUUACUGGAGGAGGGGGUGAAGGUACUAGUGGAGGAGGAGGAAGUGAUGGUGGUGGUGGUGAAGGUAUUACCGGAGGAGGAGGUGAUGGUGGUGGUGGCGAUGGUGGGGGUGGGGACGCUGGAAGUGGAGGUGGUGGUGAGGGUACCACUGUUGGUGGUGGCAGUUGA